UUUACUUCCGGAGUGAACGUGUGGCGUGGUUUUGGGGGAACAAAACAUGGAGAAGAAAGAUGAGACACCAUCUCCUCCAUUGCGGAAUAAAAUAUGAUGAAAAACGAUUCUUCAGCAAGCGAUUUUUCUCAUUCAAGUUCGCAGGGAAGCUCAGACGAAAAUGAGUUUCCCACUAGUACGAGUUCAUGGCCCAUUAGUUUCAUCGAUAAAUUUGGAAUUCGAAAAGUGAUGAAAAAUCCCUUUGAAAUUGUGCGUACACUUUGGGGAUUAUGUAUUUUGACAGACUCUGAAGUAUUUAGAAUUGAUGAAAUUGUGAAAGUAUGCAAUUUACAAUAUAUCGAUUGCGAUUCUUUGGAGGAGAUACCAUAUUAUGAUUCCACACCUUACGAAGAGUGGGUAAAGGAGAAGUUUCCACAGAUGUCAGUCAAAGAGCUUAAAUUGUUCAAUGAACACUGUGAAGAGUUUGGAUAUUUUCUAUUUAACACUCUGCAGAGAAUACAUCAGCCCAAAAAGAGAGAGAACCAGUUGCCAUAUGAAAUUCAAUACCAACUUCUCUUUGAAAAAUUUCUUAAAUUGUUUGAUUUUAAAGUCCAGUCACAACCAUAUUUACCAACGGGGCGUGCAACAAUAUUUGGACAAGAAAUCUCCUCAAAGGCUGAUAUUCUCUGCAGUAAAUGGAAUGAUCCAAUGAAAAUACUCAGUAUCUGUGAGGAAAUUCAUUCAACUGUACAUUUUCAGGAAAAAUCUACUGAGGUAAAAAGAAAAAGUCCUGAAGAAGGAGCAGACUUUUCACCAGUUAAGAAAAAAUUACGAUCAGCAGCAUCAACAUUAGAAACUGUUAAUGAGGAGGCAAGUUCCAGUACAGGCUUAGUCCCUGGUCUGUCGUCUGAUGUAUAUGCCCAGCACGUUGGAGAACUGCUAGCCUAUUUUGAAAGUUCUGUUUCACCAAAUGGCCUUAUUGGAAUGGUUGUACAGAAGACAAAUGUUUUGUUUACUUUGCUGAAAAUCAAUCCAGAGAGCUAUGAAAAAAUUAAAACAAGAACCAAUCCUGGAUCUGUGAAGUUUGAUACAACAAAAAAUGCAGUUGUUAUUGCAUAUGGUGGAGUCAAGCAGACUUGUAUGCUGUAAAUGGAUGUUCAGAAGAGGGGAUUUUUCAAAGAGGAACAUAUUAUUUCGUAAGGUGUAAAGCAAUCUGACAUUUCGAGAAACCAGAAGUCUCUGUUAAGAGUGAAGCUCUACUGGUUUGUACAUGUAACAAAGGAAGAGUAACUUGAAACUUUAAAACAGUAACAUCUAGAAUAAGUCUUUUUUGUGGCAAAAUUUCAAUUAAAUAAGCUGCAAUAAUUUAAUCUGAGAUUCCUCUGACUCUAACCCCUGCGUUUACAUUGUGACUUGUGCAGGCCCCU